AUGGAGUUGUCUAAUUCUGAGAAAUUGGCUUUUACUGCUAACAGAUCUGUUCUGUCUUUGACCUCGCCAACAAAACUGAACAUAAUUACAGGUAAUGGUGCGAACAAAAGCCAAGGUUUGAAGAGAAACUCAUUGAGAAGGACUACCUCAUUGAACAUCAGAGGAUCAAGUGCUGUGAACAGUGUAGUGAAGCCAGACUUCAAUGUGCCGUUUAGAAGACAAAAAAUAAGUUCCCACAAACUACCUUUGCUGAAUAGAAGUUCUUCCUUCUUUAAGGAACGUUCUGGCAUUGAGCAUUCAAACAAAACGGAUUCUAUGGGUGAUAACGCCAUGAAAGACAGUGCAGGCUCAAAUUUGAUGAAUAAAUCAACAGGAACAACUCCAUUUGAGAGGCCUUCGUUGACAAGGACAUCAUCAAAUAUAGUUUUUUCACUGAAUAGACCUGCGUUAACAAAGCAAGAAUCGAUAGACGACCUUAAUGAUCCGUAUUUCUACCAAACCGAUAGGUUUAUUCCAUUGAUGAAAUCAAAUUCUCAGAAUAAGAUAGAUCCAAUAGCAGGAAACGAUGAUCUACCUCCUCCUAAUGCAUCUCCAAAGGCUCAUCUAAAAGCUCAAACAAAGAUUGCCUUUAAAGAAACCGUAGCUGAGGCUUGCGGUUUUGGCGCAAAGCAAAGAAUUCUUCAAUACAUGCCCAAAGCUCCGGUGUCAUCGUUAACUAGAAAAUCUUAUAGUUUACAAAAUAGAACCCAUUAUUCUUACUCGUCAUUUACUAGUUCUUCGCAAUCGAAUACAAAAUCUCACAAGGAUUUAAUGAGAUUGAGGAAAAUAAAUACAAAUCCUGAAAAAAUCUUGGAUGCUCCUGGGUUCAUAGACGAUUUCUACUUAAAUUUAUUAACGUGGUCAAAAAAGAAUAUUUUAGCUAUUGCAUUGAGUAACACUUUAUAUUUAUGGAAUGGUAAUUCCGGGGAUGUUUCAUUACUUGUCGAGUACGACGCUACAAAUAUAACUAGCAUAACAUGGUCUGACGAUCAAUGUCACUUAUCGAUUGGUAAAGAUGAUGGUAAUACCGAAAUUUGGGAUACUGAAACUUCAACCUUAGUGAGAACAAUGAGAUCUAAUCUUGGUGUUCGUAUUGGAUCUCAGUCGUGGUUGAACACAUUACUGGCUACAGGAUCCAGAAGUGGGGAAAUUCAAAUUAAUGAUGUUAGAAUAAAAAAUCAUGUAGUUUCCACAUGGGAAGAGCAUUCAGGAGAAGUUUGUGGAUUAGAAUAUAAAAGCGAUGGAUUACAAUUAGCAUCUGGCGGCAACGAUAAUGCAGUCAUCAUCUGGGACACAAGGACCUCUAUGCCCCAAUUCAUUAAACAUAACCAUAAUGCUGCCGUUAAGGCAAUAAAAUGGAGUCCCAACAUAGCCAACCUUCUGGCUACAGGUGGUGGUCAAUCAGAUCAAUAUGUUCAUUUUUGGAACACUACUACAGGGAACAAAACAGGGUCAAUAAACACUGGCUCCCAAGUAAGUUCAUUGCACUGGGGCCAAAGUUACAACAGCAGUUAUGCUUCGCCAUAUCAAUCAUCUAACAUACAUAAUGAUAUAAAGAGUGACUGUUAUAAAUUCAACAAUACUUUGAAUAGAGAAAUUGUAACAACAGGAGGAAACCCAGGCAACGCUAUCUCAGUAUUUAACUUUGAUACUAAAUAUAAGGUUGCCGAAAUUGAGAACGCUCAUGAAUCUAGAAUUUGUUGUUCACAAUUAUCUCCAGAUGGCACAACAUUAGCAACAGUUGGUGGUGAUGAAAAUUUGAAGUUUUAUAAGAUAUUUGAUUCUAAAAGGAAAAAUAUUAGAAGAAACAAGAGUGUUGUUGAUACUGAAGAUAUAUUAGGUUUAUUUACUCAUAAUAAUGAUGAAAAUAACAACCAUACUCAAGAUCACGAAAAUACAAACCUAAACAACGCAAAUAACGAUACAGACAAGAACAUUGAUAAUGACCAAGAAGUCGAUUACGAAGAUGAUACAAAUCUACGAACCACCAGAGUAACUUCAAGAAAGACAACUGAUUAUUUAAUAAGAUAA